UGGGGGCCUUGCUUCCAUUUUCCAUUAUUAUGUGGACUACCGGAGCGACAGCGCAGUCCAAGACCUUGCAGGAUGUCUCGCCGCAAGCAAGCGAAACCGAGAUCCCUCAAAGACCCCAACUGUAAACUUGAAGACAAGGCUGAAGAUGGAGAGACAAUAGAUUGUAAGAAGCGGCCGGAAGACGGGGAGGAGUUGGAGGACGAAGCUGUGCACAGCUGUGACAGCUGCCUCCAGGUGUUUGAAUCACUGAGUGAUAUCACAGAACACAAGAUUAAUCAAUGUCAACUGACAGAUGGCGUUGAUGUUGAAGAUGAUCCCAGUUGCUCUUGGCCAGCUUCCUCACCUUCUAGCAAGGACCAGACUUCCCCUAGCCAUGGAGAAGGUUGCGAUUUUGGAGAGGAAGAAGGUGGCCCUGGACUUCCAUACCCAUGUCAAUUCUGUGACAAAUCGUUUAGCCGCCUCAGCUACCUAAAGCACCAUGAGCAGAGUCACAGUGACAAACUGCCUUUCAAAUGCACCUACUGCAGCAGGCUGUUCAAACACAAGCGGAGCCGAGAUCGCCAUAUAAAACUCCACACCGGUGACAAGAAGUACCACUGCAGUGAGUGUGAUGCUGCGUUCUCCAGAAGUGAUCACUUGAAGAUCCACUUAAAGACUCACACGUCCAACAAGCCAUAUAAAUGUGCCAUUUGUCGCCGUGGGUUCCUGUCCUCUAGUUCCUUACACGGACACAUGCAGGUUCACGAGCGGAACAAAGACGGUUCCCAGGCUGGGUCCAGGCUGGACGACUGGAAGAUGAAGGACACUCAGAAGUGCAGUCAGUGUGAGGAAGGCUUCGACUUUCCGGAGGACCUCCAGAAGCACAUUGCAGAGUGCCACCCCGAAUGCUCCCCCAAUGAGGAUCGAGCUGCCCUCCAGUGUGUCUACUGCCAUGAGCUCUUUGUAGAGGAGACCCCUCUGAUGAACCACAUGGAGCAGGUGCAUGGUGGGGAAAAGAAGAACUCGUGUAGCAUUUGUUCUGAGAGUUUCCACACAGUUGAGGAACUGUACAGCCACAUGGACAGUCACCAGCAAGCAGAGUCAUGCAAUCACAGCAACAGCCCUUCCCUGGUCACAGUGGGCUAUACCUCCGUGUCCAGCACGACUCCAGAUUCCAACCUCUCAGUGGACAGCUCCACGAUGGUGGAAGCUGCCCCACCCAUCCCAAAGAGUCGAGGCAGGAAGAGGGCUGCUCAGCAAACCCCUGACAUGACCGGCCCCUCGGGUAAACAAGCAAAAGUUACCUAUAGCUGUAUUUACUGCAACAAGCAGUUAUUUUCAAGUCUUGCAGUUCUGCAGAUUCACCUGAAAACUAUGCAUUUAGAUAAGCCAGAACAGGCCCAUAUUUGUCAGUAUUGCUUGGAGGUGUUGCCCUCACUCUAUAAUCUAAAUGAACAUCUUAAGCAAGUGCAUGAAGCUCAGGACCCAGGUCUGAUUGUUUCUGCCAUUCCCGCCAUAGUCUACCAGUGCAACUUCUGCUCCGAAGUUGUCAACGACCUCAACACUCUUCAGGAACAUAUCCGAUGUUCUCACGGAUUUGCAAACCCUGCAGCUAAGGAUAGCAAUGCAUUCUUUUGUCCCCACUGCUAUAUGGGGUUUCUCACUGACUCUUCCCUUGAAGAGCAUAUAAGACAGGUCCAUUGUGACCUCAGUGGCUCCCGGUUUGGGUCACCAGUGCUUGGGACUCCAAAAGAACCAGUAGUAGAAGUCUAUUCUUGCUCCUAUUGUACGAAUUCACCAAUAUUCAACAGCGUUCUUAAACUGAACAAACAUAUCAAAGAGAAUCAUAAAAACAUUCCCUUGGCCCUGAAUUAUAUUCACAAUGGAAAGAAAUCCAGGGCCUUGAGCCCCCUAUCUCCUGUGGCCAUAGAGCAGACAUCUCUUAAGAUGAUGCAGGCAGUGGGAGGUGCCCCUGCGCGUCCAGCCGGAGAAUAUAUCUGUAACCAGUGUGGUGCUAAGUACACGUCCCUAGAUAGCUUUCAGACUCACCUAAAAACUCAUCUCGACACUGUGCUUCCGAAAUUGACCUGUCCUCAGUGCAACAAGGAAUUCCCCAACCAAGAGUCCUUGUUGAAGCAUGUUACCAUUCACUUUAUGAUCACCUCAACGUAUUAUAUCUGUGAGAGCUGUGACAAGCAGUUCACAUCCGUGGAUGACCUCCAGAAACACCUGCUGGACAUGCAUACCUUUGUCUUCUUCCGCUGCACCCUCUGCCAAGAGGUCUUUGACUCAAAAGUCUCCAUUCAGCUCCACUUGGCUGUGAAGCACAGUAACGAAAAGAAAGUCUACAGGUGCACGUCCUGCAACUGGGACUUCCGCAACGAGACUGACUUGCAGCUCCACGUGAAACACAACCACCUGGAAAACCAAGGGAAAGUGCACAAGUGCAUUUUCUGUGGCGAGUCCUUCGGCACCGAGGUGGAGCUCCAGUGCCACAUCACCACUCACAGCAAGAAGUAUAACUGCAAGUUCUGCAGCAAAGCCUUCCACGCGAUCAUUUUGCUAGAGAAACACUUACGGGAAAAGCACUGUGUGUUUGAAACCAAGACACCCAACUGUGGAACAAAUGGAGCUUCCGAGCAAGUGCAGAAAGAGGAAGUGGAGCUGCAGACCUUGCUUACCAACAGCCAGGAAUCCCACAACAGUCACGAUGGGAGUGAAGAAGAUGUUGACACCUCUGAGCCUAUGUAUGGGUGUGACAUUUGUGGAGCAGCCUACACUAUGGAAACAUUGCUGCAGAAUCACCAGCUCCGAGACCACAACAUCAGACCUGGGGAAAGUGCCAUCGUAAAGAAGAAAGCUGAGCUCAUUAAAGGGAAUUACAAGUGUAAUGUGUGCUCUCGAACCUUCUUCUCCGAAAAUGGCCUCCGUGAACAUAUGCAGACGCACCUAGGCCCUGUGAAACACUACAUGUGCCCUAUUUGCGGAGAGCGGUUUCCCUCCCUUUUAACUCUUACUGAACACAAAGUUACACAUAGUAAGAGUCUCGAUACUGGAAACUGCCGGAUUUGCAAGAUGCCUCUCCAGAGUGAAGAGGAGUUUUUAGAGCAUUGCCAGAUGCAUCCUGACUUGAGGAAUUCCCUGACGGGAUUCCGCUGUGUGGUGUGCAUGCAGACAGUGACCUCCACCUUGGAACUCAAAAUCCAUGGGACAUUCCACAUGCAAAAGACAGGGAAUGGGUCUGCAGUCCAGACCACAGGGCGUGGCCAGCACGUCCAAAAACUGUACAAGUGCGCAUCUUGCCUCAAAGAAUUCCGUUCCAAGCAAGAUCUGGUGAAACUUGACAUCAAUGGCCUGCCAUAUGGUCUGUGUGCUGGCUGCGUGAAUCUCAGUAAGAGCAGUAGCCCAGGCAUCAACAUCCCUCCCGGCACGAGUAGACCAGGCUUGGGCCAGAAUGAGAAUCUGAGUGCCAUCGAGGGUAAAGGCAAGGCAGGAGGACUGAAGACACGCUGCUCUAGCUGCAAUGUUAAGUUUGAGUCUGAAAGUGAACUCCAGAACCACAUCCAGACUGUCCACCGAGAGCUUGUGCCAGACAGCAACAGCACACAGUUGAAAACUCCGCAAGUAUCACCAAUGCCCAGAAUCAGUCCCUCCCAGUCGGAUGAGAAGAAGACCUAUCAAUGUAUCAAGUGUCAGAUGGUUUUCUACAAUGAAUGGGAUAUUCAGGUUCAUGUUGCAAAUCACAUGAUUGGUGAGUGAUGUCUAAAACUUAUUACAAAUGGAUUUUUCU